AUCAAAUGAAAAUUCUUUGAAUGUUACAAAUCUAUAUAUAUAUGCAUAUAUAGAUAACGAUUUGUAAAAUAUUCCUCAAUUACAAAAUGCAUCAUUACCUUCGAAAAAGGUAUGCAGUCACUAAGCACCGAAGCUGGAAUCGAUUUCAUCAACCACGGACAACAACAGCACAAGUUCGAAGUCGUAAAUGUAGAGAUUUACUUCAAAUAUUUAUCUUUUUCCUGUUAUUUUAUGUCAUAUUAUUUUCUUUGGUUAUUUGCCUGCUGAAAUUAUUCUUAUACAAAAUUAUUGAUGCUAAUAGACCAUAUUUAACUGGAAUUGAUUCAUCAUUACAAAAUACACCAGGCUUGUCAAUUGUACCAGUUGUUUCCACUGAAAUGAAUCUAAUUGCGUAUAAAGAUGGUAAACCUGAUACUUUUCUCAUUUUUCAAGAUAUGCUUAUUGCAUUCCUAACACAGUAUGAAUAUUAUUCGUACACAGGACACAAUUUACGUGACUGUUUAAUCCAGAAUGAUUCUCAGGCUUUAACUCAUAGAGCAUUAAUUGAAACAAGUUGCGUUUUCAACUUGGAUUGGUCAUAUGCCUGUAAUGUUAACAAUUAUUUUGGAUAUGACAGUGGAUCACCUUGUGUCAUAAUUAAGCUAAAUCGUAUCUAUGGAUGGUUACCUGAGUUAAAAUCCAAUGAGAAUGGCAUUAAAAUCUGUUGUAAAGGAGCGAAUCCAAAUGAUGACAUACUUUUAGGUACGAUUUGUCUGUACGAUGCCUAUAUACAUACAGAAGAAGGAUGUGGACGACAGUGUGCUUUUAUACCGCAUCAGUAUUUUCCAUUUUUAAACCAAGAAUCAUAUCAAUCUCCAUUAAUCUUUCUUCAACUACAAAAUGUCAAGAAAAAUGUUUUAGUGCAAAUCUAUUGUGAGACAGUGAACUUACCGAAUAAGAUGAGUGUAAAUUUUGCAAUUCUAGUGGACUAGAGUAUUUGAGGUGGAGUUACAUAUUUUUUUUCUAAAUAAUAGCGAUUAUUAUGGGUUUUUUUUACCAACUUCUUAAGUGUUAUUAACUGUUAAUCAAAAGUAACUUCACUAGUGUUCCAUUAUACAGUCCAGC